AUGAAGACUGCUCUGAUUCUCGCGUUUGUUGCCCUCUCGGCGAGUACCAAUGCCGGUCCUGGAGAAAAGCUACCAACAUCAGCUUCGCCGGACAUUCGCGUCGCUCAAGCACAACUCAAAACCCUAGUCUCUCACGCCGCUUACAUUGUAAAAGAGCGCAUUGCAUACACCAACGCCGUUCUCUGUCUUCAGAAAAAGACUGCUAGAUCUCCGGCCUCUUGGGCUCCUGGAGCAAAGUCACGAUACGAUGAUUGGGUAGCCACACACAUUGACCAAACGCUUCAAAUCCACUACACUGGCAACUUCCUCGGCUGGCAUCGCUAUUUUAUCUGGGAGUAUGAACAAGCUCUUCGUAACGAAUGCGGCUACAAGGGUACGCAGCCAUAUUUGAACUGGGGUCUCUCCGCCGCGUCAGGAAUGGAAGCGUCGCCGGUCUGGGACGGCAGCAAGACCAGUAUGAGUGGCAACGGGGCUUUCAUCAAUCAAUCCGGCCUCGAUGUCGUACUAGGCGGCAACGGUCUCCCAGAAAUCUACCUCCCGACUGGAACUGGAGGCGGAUGUAUAACCUCCGGCCCUUUUGUCAACAUGACUGUGAAUCUCGGUCCUGCUGCUCUUACCCUCCCUGGCAACAUCACAGAAGUCAAUCCAAACGGUCCUCUGAGCUAUAAUCCACGCUGUCUGAAACGCGAUCUCACAGAUGAAUUAAACCAGCGUUUCGCAAACUUUUCCGCCAUAAUCGAUAACAUCCUCGCUCCAAAAACCGUAUAUAAUUUCCAAAUGCAAAUGCAAGGUAUCCCCGGCAGUGGGAAUAUCGGCGUACAUGGAGGUGGCCACUACUCUAUGGGUGGCGAUCCUGGUCGUGACGUGUUCGUGUCACCGGGAGAUCCUGCAUUCUACCUUCAUCAUGGUAUGAUCGAUUUGGUGUGGACGGCGUGGCAGAUGUUGGAUCCUGAGAAUAGGAUUUAUGGUAAAAAUGCUAUUGCGGGGACGAAUACGUUUUUGAACCAACCACCUAGCGAGAAUACGACGCUGAACACAGGGAUCAGUAUUGGAUGGGCUGGGAGGGGUAUUAAUGUUACGAUGAGGGAUGUUAUGAGUACGGUUGGUGGGCCAUUCUGUUAUGUGUAUGCCUGA